AUGGUGUUCAUGCUGAGGAGUGCAGCACCAGUGAUUUUAGUGUUCUCGGUUUCUUCCCUCCCUGCCCCCAUUAUUUCCCGGCAAUGCCUUCCGUUUCUCCCCUCCCUGCCCUUUGGUUUCCCCUCGCUGCCCUCUCCUCUCCACCUCCUGCUGCCCUCUUACUACAAUCAGAAUCCCCGUUUCUCCCCACCCUCUCCUCCCUCCCCACUUCCCUGCUGCGUGCUUCCCCCACCCCUACCCUCCUCCCGCCCGUCCACACCUCCUGCCCGUUCUUCCCCCCUUGCCCCCUGUUCCACCUUGCUCCUCACCCCCGCUGCUUCCCACGGCACGGCCCUUGCCGCCCAUCCGUGCCUCUGGUUUCUCCCCCCUGCUGCCUCCGUUUCGUCCCUUCCCUGCUCUUUUGAGUCGACUCAAAACGAGCCGCAGCCCUUUGCCACCCCUCCCUUUGCUCUCUCAAUUCCCCUGCCCCACGUCACCGUACCUCCUUACAUCCGCUCUUUGAGUCGACUCAAAAAGCUUUGCCGCCCCUCCCGCCCUCUCAACUCCCCUGCCCCUGUACACCGUGCCUCCUAA